AUGUCAGAAACUACAAUUAGCCCUAGAAGCAACUUUAGCUUUAAUAUCAAUGCCAAUGGCAGUAUAUCAACCACAUCCCCAACUGCUACUAUAGUCAGCAACUCCAAUACUAACAAUCCACCUCAAAAACGUAUAAGAGCCACUGGUGAAGUAUUAAAUUUUCUAAUACUGGAAUUUGAAAAAAAUCCAAGUCCAAGUCCUGAUCGUAGGAGGUAUAUUAGUCAAAAAGCCCAAAUGAACGAAAAAGCUGUGAGAAUAUGGUUUCAAAAUAGAAGGGCUAAACAAAAGAGACAUGAAAGAAGUUUAAGACAAAACCAAUCAUCAGUUUCUUCAGCAUCAUCGUCCUCCUCGUCCUCCUCAACUGCCUCUAGCUCAUUUGGUAAAGAAUUGGCUUCACAUCAUACAACCUAUGAUUUCAUUCAAAAACAUGUGCCUAUUGAAGUAAAUGAAAAAUAUUCCUUUAUUGAUUGCACUUCUUUAUCAGUUGGUUCAUGGCAAAGAAUCAAAAGUGGAAUUCAUAAGCAACUGUUACUUCAAAAUAACUUGAUUAAUUUAUCGCCAUUCAAUUUAAACAAUGUCAUGCAACAAGUUGAUUUACUCGUCCUACUUUCAAGAAAAAAUCAUGAACUAAAUUACUUUUUUCUGGCAACUUCCAAUGAUUCAAAGAUUCUAUUUCGUAUUUUUUAUCCAUUGACUGCUAUAUCCCACUGUUCAUUACAUGAUAACUUGGUUAAUCAAGAAAAUAAUGAAUUGAAAAUUCAUUUGUGUCAUCAACCUAAGUUUUCAGUAUAUUUCUUCAAUGGUUUAAACUCAACAACUAAUCAAUGGUCAAUAUGUGAUGAUUUUAGUGAAGGACAGCAAGUUAGUCGAGCCUAUUCAAGUACUGUUGAUAAAGAAUACAAGUUUAAAGAUUUCGAUCCAUCUACUUCGGCUGAAGAUAAUGAUGAUGAAGAAGAAGAAGGAGAGGGAAAUUCUGAUGUACCUCAUGUACUUGUUGGUUCUAAAAUUGCCCUCAAUUAUCUUAGUGCUUAUAUAAGUCAAAGCAUAGUGGGGUUGACCAACAAUAACAACAACAACAACAACAACAACAACAACAACAACAAUAAACCAAACACUUCUGCUGUUGCGGCUGCUUCUGCUGCCACUAAAACAACCGAUGCGAAUAACUCUCAAUUUGGUAUACCUAAUAUGACAUCAAUGAAGCAUCAUUCACUUGAUCUUGGAGUUCCAUUCAAUGGACAAGAUUCACAAUCAAUGUGGCCUAAUGAUUUAUCAUCGUUGGCUUUGAAUAUUGACACAAACAACAAUAUCAAUAGCAAUCUGUCUUCAUCACAACCAAAUAUGUCCGUUCCUAGCUCUGCUACUGCCACCGCAGUAACUACUUUCAAUGGACUGCCUUUUUCAACCACAUCGAAUCAGUUUUACCAAGCAGAUACACCCCAAUCAUCACAAUCCUUUGGUAAUUUCAACACCAAUAAUAAGCUAGAUCCUUUGAAUUUUACCAAUAUGAAAUCGACAACCUCACCCGAAGAUGUACUUUCAUUAUCAAGUGAUCAUCAUGCUUUCAUUGGUGGUGGUAAUGGUGGUGGUGGUGCAUUACCAUCAUCGGGCUCGGGUUUGAUCAAAGAUUCAACUGCUUACAUCCACGGAAGUCAUCAUCAAGCUAGCGAUUUUGUUGGAUUAUCUGAUAAUGUACCAUACUUGAACGCCAAUGACUUUGAUCAUAUUAAUCUUGUUGGUGGUGGUGAUAAUGGUGCGACUCCAAGUGUUGAUUACCAAUCAUCGAAUAUUGAUUUUAUUGACUUUAGUUGA